UGUCGCUGGCCUAGACAUCCAUUCCUCUCCCCUUCUCCUCUUCUUUUAUCCCCUCUUCCACCCCUCCACCCCCCUUCGUCCUCUCCCUCCUCCGGUGGCGCCAGAAACAAGAUCAUGCUCAGCCGUCAAGUGAUGUCGAUGCUCUGUCCAGCUCGGCCAUGUCGUCCGCAGUGCAGAACAGCUGCCCGCCAGCAGGCGACGGUGUAACCAAGCGGAAGCCUGGUUCCGCGGCCUGUGUCCACUGUCACAGACGCAAGGUCCGCUGCGAUGCUCGCCUCGUUGGUCUCCCCUGCUCCAACUGUCGCUCCUCCGGGAAACCCGACUGUCGCAUCCACGAGAAGAAGAAGCGUCUUGCCGUACGCUCCAUCCUCGAUCCAGUUCCCAUCCGUUGUCGUCCCCUUCCCGCUACCAAUAUCUCUCCUUCGAAGCCCCUGUCCGAUAUCUCUCCCGCUCACACGGCCAGCAUUCCCCUGGCCACUCCUACCGCUCUCCAUGCUAGUCCGCCUGUAGCCCCUAACUCCACCCCUAUUCAAACCAAUGGUAUCCAGACCAACGGUAAUGUAUCCAACCAUUCUGCAUCCCAAUCCGUCUCGAGCUCGUCUCAAGCAUACCAGCCUUCCGGGCCCGGCUCAGACCCGCCAUCCACAUCCAACGACAAGGAUGUGCAUGCCGACUACGAGAAACGGCUGGUGAAUCUCUUAGACGAGGAGGAUUCCGAGAGUCGAGAGAUCCAGAGAGGCGUGCGUGCUAUCUACGUCGGUCAUGAUGUCUCCAACAUGUCCUUCCUGAUCCGCCAGCAGCGGCAGAAAGAUGAUGAUGUGUAUCACUUUGCGGGCCAGGAUCUUCCACGACGUCAGUUACAGACGGGCCACGAUCAGCUACUCAUGGAUGCCCUUACUUUGCCUGAACCAGCCCUGGCCGACGAACUGGUCGAGGCCUACUUCGCAGAGGUGAACCCCGGUUAUCCCGUGGUCGAUGAGGACCUCUUCAUGACGCAGUACCGAAAUCGUGAUCCAUCUGAUCCACCACCUAUCCUACUGCUGCAAGCUAUCCUUCUAGUCGGAUCGCACGUGACACGGCCAAAGGUCGAACGCGAUGCUCUGAAAGACAUCUUCUUCCGCCGCUGCAAGUGGCUCUUUGAUAGCCGCGUCGAGCGAAACCGAGACAUCCUCGUUCAGGCGGCUCUGCUAAUGACUUGGUAUUCUGAUGAUGCUGACGAUGAUGUAUCGGCAAACGCGCAUUACUGGGUCGGAAUGGCGGCCAGGAUUGCGACAGGCAUCGGGAUGCAUCGUAACACGGUCUCGAGUAGGUUCGCAGAUCGUGACAGACGGAUGUGGAGGAGAUUGUGGUACAUAUUGGUUCAAUUUGACGUGAUGGUAUCCUUGUCAUAUGGCCGACCACAGUCUAUAAAUCUCGACGAUUCUGACGUUUCCCCGCUGGUUCCUUCCGAUUUUGAGGGCUGCGGACCCCUAGUUCAGAUUGACUUCAUGAUCCAUUUGACAGAACUCUGCAUCAUGAUUUCGUACAUUAUGCGUGAACGGUUCGGUCUGCGAGUCAGUACUGAGCGCCGGAAGACGGUUCUCGGUGAAGCCGACGAGGCACUGGCAAGUUGGUCUCUUAGGCUUCCCGACACCCUACGGCUCCGCGCAUCGGACGUGGAUCCUUGGUCUGCGACGCUUCAUCUUACAUAUAACAACUUCCUCAUUCUUCUUCAUCGGCCGCACCCCAGGGCAUCCGCCUAUUCAGAUGACUACGGUCCGCAUGACGCGGAGAUUUGCAGUGCAGCGGCCGGCGUCAUUGCAUCCAUCUUUGAAGAACUUCGCUUGAAUAAUCGCCUAAAGUUCCUCUGGUACGCUGGAGUUCACACACUCUUCACUGCUAUGAUCCAAGUCCGCGUGGAACUCCGUUUCUCGAACCCGGUCCUUGCAAUCAAUGCCCUACGGCGCUUUGAUUCAUCGUCAUACUCCCUCCGUGAAUUGGCUGAAUAUUGGUCCCAUGCUGGCACCAUAUUGCGGAUCUUUGAAAACUCGAAACGCCUCCAGGAGGAUCUACGGAUGGCACCCAGCGAAAGACCGAGGAAGUUCAGUGGCGCCGAGGAGCCGACAAGCAAUCAGCAACACACGCGCAGCUCUUCCGAUGCUACUUCUGCCCCUAGCACUGUCCAUCCAGUACCUAAAGCGGAACAACAAGUCACUUACGAGAUCCCCACUCCCGAAUCUUCCCAGAUGCAAGAUACCGCUAUUCUAGCACCACAGCAGAACCAUUUCCUAGACAGCUGGAUCCCGGCUCAUCUACGACUGAAUCCUUCCCCGGUUCCGAGAACCGAUGGGCUCCCGAGCGUGUCGGCAUCCAUGGACGCUGUCGACCAUCCGAGGGAAUAUCAAGACUGGCGUCAGCUUUUCUCCUUUUCGGAUCUCGACCAGCCUCUUCCGAUCCCAAUGGAGGCUCUUCCAUACUUGGAAGAUGAAUGGCGCCAGAUAUAUUUGCACGAGACUCCAAUGACAGAUCUACUCCAGGAAGGAGGAUGGAUGCAUACCUAGCUAGAUGUCUCGACCAAGCGGUUACUCUUUCUGGGGUUUUUUAUUCUUUUUGGAUGCCACCAUGAAAUAAGGGUUAUUGUAUAUCUCUUUCAGACCUCACAGGGUACUGUGAGAUAUUCUAUACAUCUGAAUAUGGACUGGUAUGCAUUCAACGAUCCAUGAUGAUGUCAAGACUUCAUUGCCAAUGCUUUGUUAUGAAUGUCGAGUCAAGGGAGAGGGGGAACCAGAAAAAGCCAGCCCUACCUCGCCCCUUCCAAAAAGGAAUGUAAGGAGAGAGAAAUACUCCAUGCAGCCUUUACGAUCAAAUGAGCCCUAGCUACUCCGGGCAUACGCAAAGUAUAUAUGAACUAUUUUCCUCAUAUAUAUAUAUACAUAUCCACAUGCUACAUAUUGCAUGCAUAUGUGAGAUCAUCAAUAUGUUAUGAGCUUUUUUUAAUGUUCUUUUUUUUUAUCCGGGGACGUUAUCAGCGGGAACUACUGGGAUGUUAUGUAGAAAGUUGCUAGGGAGGUAUACAGUCAGUGUUCUGGGAUUAGGGAUUCUUUUUGGUUUUCACUUUCUGGAAAAUGCUGGGAAUUAGGGAAUAUGCCUUUUAUUCUUGUGUCUGGUCUCUUCUAUUUUGUUCUCUGUUCUUGUUGGAGUUCUACAUUAUACCUAUAAAUACAUAUCCAAAGAGAGAAAAAGGAUUGGGUUGGGACGCGCUUGGGUUUCAUUGACUUCUAUUUCUGUUGGAUAUUUGCUGGAAUUGAAAUUUUUAUGUCACUAUAUAAAAUGGAAUUUCUGGAACCACAUUUACUUUCCCAGUUCUGUUAGCGUUCGUCUACCUUUUCCAAACAUCAUCAAUUUCCUUCUCCGCCUCAUAUCCAUAGCAGCCCAUCUCAG